AUGUUAUUUCAAAUUUGUUUUAUUAUUUCGUUUUUAACAACAAAUUGUGCUCUACAACUUAAUUUUUAUACAUCUGUUGGACAAGUUCGACAAGAAAUUUCGUUAAAAGAUGGAUGUUUUCAAACAUAUUUUACUGAUCAAGAAUAUAAUGCUAUUAUACCAGGAACAAUUGAUUUUCCUGGUCAAAGAAUAAUUGAGCAAGAUUUAUACAAUUCAAAUGAAGAAUUACGUAAUACUGAUAUUUAUAUUCGUUUAAAUAAAUAUCAAAAUUAUCAAAUAUCAAAAGCAAAAUUAAUUGAUCCUUAUUCAUUAUUAGUUAAACAUGAUUCAUCACGGUAUCUUUUUGUAUCACGCGAUGAAAUUGAAUUUGAUAAAGAUCCAUUAAUGGAUGGAAUGAUCUUAUCUGUUCAAUUAUAUAAUUCAACUAUAAAGAAAACUAAUAUGACUUAUAUAACUCGUGGUCUUUUGUGGACACCAAGAUAUGAAGUUAGCAUUAUUGAUGAUCAAUCUGCUACUCUUCGAGCUCUAGCCGAUAUUAAUAAUGAACAUAAUCGUAUCUACGAAAUUACAAAUAGUCAAUUGAUUACUGGUAGUGUUCCACUACUUUCAGGUUCUGUACGAGCUCCAGCUUCAAUGGAUAAGGAACGUGUAGAAUAUAUGGAAGCUGCUAUGAGUGAUACACAUUCAUCAAUAUCAUCUACAGCAGAUUCAACAAAUUUUGGUAGUUAUUCAUAUAAUAUAACACGUGAAUUUUAUCUUUUACCAAAAUCUAUUAAAACAUUUCCAUUUCUAUCAGUUAUGAUAUCAUUUAAUUAUACACUUGAAACAGCAAUAUAUCUAUCAAAUGGUGUUAGUUCUGGUCUAUUUCAACGUACAUUUAUAAUCAGACCAUCAGAAUUUUUACCAGCUGGUACAAUAACAUUUUAUUUAGCAACAACAGGUAUCACUUUAGGUCAAGGUCGUUUAGUAGAUACACCAAAACAAAAUGAACAAAAAAUAAGUGUAGGGAAUGAUCCUGAUGUUAAAUUUAAUAUAAUUAGUAUUAUAACAGCUACUCGACAAACACCAACAUAUGGACAAGAUGUUAAUGUAAAUGUAACUAUUUCAAAUCGAAAAGAUAAACAAAUUGUAUCAGUUAAAUUAACUAUUAAUAGUGGAUAUCGUAAUACAACAUUAAUAAUAAAAAAUCGAUCAUCAUCUAAUAUAACAAUUACUCAAGAUCCAAAUAAUAGAUCAAUAUUAAUUAUUCAAGCUAUAAUUCAAGCAAAUCAAGAUGAAAAAUUUGCAUUUUCUCUUAAACAAUCGAAUUAA